UUAGUCACAGUAACUGAACGUUCAGCUGCUUAAACAGACUUUUAUCGUAUCUGAAGAUUACACUGUUUUCUACCCGGAAGUAUUUACAAUUAAGGCGAGCGGCCCUACUACCCUCCGUUAAUGUUAGAGUUCAUGUUUUUGCUGUUAAUGUUUUCCUAAUCCCGAAAUGAUAUCCCGUGUAGACGACGUUUACUGAGGAAUAAUAAAAACUAGCUCGACGUAUUCUGUGUUGUCCCGCUCGCGCGCUGUGCGUCGUGACGUCACACGCAGCGCGUCUCUGAGUGUGCGGGGCGGAAACAAGCAGCAAAAGCGUUCGCAGAGCCGCGAGUUCCCGUGCGACAUGACUAACUCCGCCAGAAUAUCGUGUCAAUCUGUGUACUCCGCUCGUUCCGUAUCUAGCAUCUCGUACCAAUUACCGCGGGAGGAGUGUAAACAUUUCUGAAGUCAGGAAGUGGGAUGUGGCCCAGGUGAAAAGCUCGUUAUAUGGUUGCGCGCGUGGGCACCGGGACUGAUGGCACGCGAUCGGUCACACACAUCAGGACGGCGCGUCGAGAGUGUGCGGUCAAUAUGUGAAUUUGUGUGUGGACAGUAGUUGAGAGAACUAAAGAGCUAUUGCAGUGAAGUCUUGUCUGUGUGAGUGUCAGCUCAGCAUCAUUAUGGACUCGUCUGUGGCGCUGGGGAGGCUGGAGCUCGCGCGUCCGGUAACGACACACGGCUCGUGUUUACCGGAGGGCGCGCACGGCGCUCACCUGAACGGCUGCGUGCCGCUCUCUCAUCAGGUGGCCGGACACAAGUAUGGCGUGGAUAAAGUGGGUAUCUUGCAACAUCCUGAUGGUACGGUCCUGAAACAGCUGCAGCCUCCUCCAAGAGGACCCAGAGAGAUGCAGUUUUACAGUAUGGUGUAUUCUGAAGACCACUGCGACCCCUGUCUUGUAGACCUCCAAGCGCAGCUUCCCAAGUACUAUGGCACAUGGUCCUCACCUGAUGCUCCCACAGACCUGUACCUCAAGCUGGAGGACGUGACACGCAGGUUUCAGAAGCCAUGCAUCAUGGACGUGAAGAUCGGCCAGAAGAGCUAUGACCCUUAUGCUUCACAGGAGAAACGGGAACAGCAGAUCAGGAAAUACCCACUGAUGGAGGAGAUCGGCUUCUUGGUUUUGGGAAUGAGGGUGUAUAAAUAUUCCAGUGACGAGCAACAUCCUCAUUGUACUGCAGGUUUAUCCAAGUUCUUCUACAACGGCGACAUUCUUCGCAAAGACGCCAUCACUGCCAGCAUUCUCAAAGUCCAGAAGAUCCUUCAGUGGUUUGAGGGCCAGAGUCGGUUCAACUUCUACUCAACCCCUAUUCUCUUCUCCCACAACCUGAUCUGUGUGCCCGGUCUUGUCUCUCAGAGCCUACGGGAUAGCCAGAUCGCACUCGAGGCCUGUGAGCAGAACAACAACAUCAAUCAGAGCCUCUCAACGAUGUACUCCCUGCACAAGAAAAGCUGCGCCCAGAGCCACUACCAAGCCAAACAGGACAACAGCGUUAGGAGCUCCUCACAGCAGCCCAACGGCAACCGCGGCUUGGCAAGACUGGAAGAGGACAGGAAGGAGAGCAAGAGUCAAGCGGGACAGGAAACGGUCCAUGACGUGGAGGUAAAGAUGAUUGACUUUGCACAUGUCUUCUCUAGUGACGUUCCCGACCAGGGUUACAUCUAUGGCCUGAAGAACCUACUCAAGGUCCUGCAUCAGAUUCUGGAGGAGUGAUGGAACAGUUCAAUGUUGUUGAAGGUAUGAAUUUUGUAGCCACUUUCAUGUCCGCCUACCUGGCUUUCUCUAAUCUGCACUACCUACACCAUCAGUGGAGUAACAUGUUUGUAAUCCUUCGUCUAAUGUAUGUGCUUUAGUCUUUUAAAAGCUUUGUAUAAUUUGUUAUGAUAUCUUACUCAGGUAAAUGAAUCUAUAGUGCUUGUAUAAUUUUCCAGACAAAAGAAGAAACACUCUCAUCAUAUUAUGCCUCAGAUAUUAGUUCCUGUUUCCAGAGCCAUUGCAGGAUUUUUUUUUUUAAAUCAGUGUUAUUAAAAAUAGGAAUUUGAUGAGUGAAGAUAUAGGAAAAUAUAUUUGAUGUUUCUUUCGCAUAUGCUGCCAGUAUGACCCUGCCUGUUUCAGACCUGUUGAAUUGUGAAUUUUAUCUCAAAUUAUUAUUAUUAUUUUUUUUAUGUGAUUUGAAAAGAAUUAAACCUUUGUGUGUUCAUGUUCUGUGAUUACUGAUGCAAUAUGACUGAAACAACAAUGAAAGUAAUGAAGUUGAGAUCAUUUAUUUUUUUCAUUGUACAGCCCCUUCGGUGUGUCUACAUCAAAUGCCAAAGUUUCCAUCAGUGAAGUGAACUGGAAUUGUUAUUUUAGUAAUACAGUCUUCUUCUGACCACUAACCAAUUCACUUGGGUGUCCAGGUAUUAGUGAUUGCAUAGGACAUGAUAGGAACUCCUGAAAAAGACAUUUAAUGUGACUCAAUAUGAGAGGACAAAUAAGAAUACCCUCAAAAUUGUAAACAAAUAUUUUAAUCUCAGAAAUUGAUUUUUAUUUUUAUUUUGUUGUUCUUAUUUUUUUUCUUAUUAUUAUUUUAGCAUAUGUGAUUUAUCAGUAACCAUUUAACUUGUGUAACUUGUGCUUUUAUUGUUUAUAUAUUAUGUUUAUUAGCAGCAGAGACUACCUUUUUUUCCUUUUUCUUCUUUUUUUAACCAAGGCCUAUUCAGGGUUCCCACCGUCAUUAAAAAACUUGCAAAUAUUAGAGAAUUUCAAAACAACAAUAAAACUAAAAUUUUAUUUUAUUUUUAUUUAUUUAUUUUUAUGCUCCGAAAAUGUCAUUGUUUUGUGUUAUGUUUUAUUUGCUUGGUUAUGAUUGAUGUCAAAAGACCACAGCUAGUAUAAUGCGGCAAGUGUACGAAAAAACAAUUCCAUAUUCUUGUUCACAUGCACCUUUAAAGUGGCACAACAUAGGGACUGUUUGGACCAAUAAAGACAAAAAGUGCAUAAAUAGCA